AUGUCUCAAGCCGGUCUUUUAUCUGUCAAACAAGUUAUUGGUGUUCGAAGUUCUGUUACUAAUGGUUUAGCAUUUCAAGAUGAACAAACUGUUGUUUAUAUAGCUGGUGGUAAUAUUGUCUUAUAUGGAAUUGAUCAAAAAGCACAACGAGUUAUUCCAUGUUCAAUAAAUGCUCAAGCAUUAACAACAAUGACUGUUAGUCCUAAUCGACGUGUCAUAGCUAUUGCUGAACGUAUAAAUGAUCGUCCACAAGUAACAAUCUAUGAUCUUCAAUCGGGUAAACGUCGAAAAACUUUACAAUCAGAAUUAAUAAAAUCCAAUGAAAUUGUAUCAUUAUUAUUUUCAUCGGAUUCAAAAUAUUUAUUAACUCAAGGUGGUGCACCAGAUUAUACACUUAUCUAUUGGUCAUGGGAAAAAGGUAAAGUAAUGGCACAUAUUGAUGUUAAACCACCAACAGGUCCACAAGCAAAUGCAACAGUUAAUCAGGUAUCAUUUAAUCCACAAGAUAAUACACAAAUAUGUACAAUUGGUCAUGGUCUAUUUAAAAUGUUUCGUUAUGCUGAAUCAGCAUUAAAACCAUCUCAAAAUCUUAAACAAGAACAUUUUAAUUUUACAUGUCAUUGUUGGAUUUCUGAUGAUCGAUUAUUAGCUGGUACAGAUCAAGGAAAAUUAUUUGUUAUACAAAAUGGAGAAAUUUUACAUGAAAUUAAAAUUGAUUCAAAAGCUGAACCAAGAUCAGUAACAAGUCAUCAUACAUCAGAUGAACGUUUAGGUUUAGUUGACAGUAGUAUGGAUAUAAAUAUAAGUACUGAUCAUUCAAUAAAAUCUGAAAUCAAAUGUAUUAUACCAUUUUCACGUGGUGUUCUUGUUGCUGCUGGUGUUAAUAAAGUAUAUAUGUAUGAUCGAGUUGAUGAUAAUCGAGAAUAUUUUCGACGUAAUCGAGAAAUUUUAUUACCUAUUGAUUUAAAUGAUAAAUCAAAUAAUGAACGUGUUGUUUCAAUGUGUUUAAGUCCAUCGGAAGAAACACUUGUUGCUUUAACAGAUCAUCAACAAAUUUAUCAAUUAUCUUUUUCCGGAAUUGAUAUAACAAAAGAUGUAGCAACUUUUUCAUAUUUAACAGAAGGUUAUCAUCAUGCUCAAGUUACUGGAGUUGAUACAUGUGUUCGAAAACAACUCAUUGCUACUUGUGGUGUUGAUAGAUCAGUUCGUCUUUGGAAUUAUGAAACAGGUACACUUGAAGUAUGUAAAGAAUUUCAAGAAGAAGCAUAUACUGUUUCAAUUCAUCCAUCGGGUCUAUUUAUUCUUGUUGGAUUUUCUGAUAAAUUAAAAUUAUUCACAAUAUUAAUUGAUGAUCUACGUCCAUUUAAAGAAUUUUCUAUUCGUGGUUGUCGUGAAGCAUUAUUUAGUAAUGGUGGACAUUUAUUUGCUGCUGUACAUGGAAAUGUUAUUCAAAUUUAUUCAACAGUUACUUUUGAAAAUAUAACUAAUUUAAAAGGACAUAAUGGAAAAGUUCGUCAAUUAAUUUGGUCACCAGAUGAUACACGAUUAUUUUCAUGUGGUAUGGAUGGUGCAGUUUAUGAAUGGGAAGUUGCAACAUCAAAACGAUUACAUGAAGCUGUACUUAAAGCAUGUGGUUAUACAGGUCUUGGAUUAAGUGCUGAUUCAAAAACAGUAUUUGCUGUUGGUACUGAUAGAAAAAUUAAAGAAAUUGUCGAUGCUCAACAAAUUCUUCGAGAAAUUCAGGUAAUACCGGAUGACGUACAACCUACAACAAUUGCACUUAGUCAUACGGGUAAAUCAUUAUUAGUUGGUACAUCCAAAGGAACUGUUCGAUCAUAUAAAUUUCCUUUAACAAAAUCGGAUGAAUAUACAGAAUAUAUCGGGCAUGUUGGAAUGAUCAAUCGAGUAAGUUUAACACAACAAAAAAAAAAUGAGAAAAUAGAACAUAUUGGGAUUCAGAAGGAAAUAAAAGA